AUGAGUCGUGUACUUAGAUAUUAAAAAAAGAAGAAAGAUGAUGGUAGAUAGUUAAUUAAUUGAUUAGGACCAUUACUUAAAAUAAAUUUUGCAAAAUUUCCUAAUUUACCAAAAAUAAGGGAAGAAGAAGAUAGAUUAUAAGGUUUUAUUAAUUCUUUUGAAUCUGAUAGCUAGUAAUUUUCAAUCAUCAAAAUAGGUUGUCAUUAUAGGAGAGAUCAUGUUAAUUGAGAACAAUGACUGCAUCUUUUUCUAGAGGAUUAAAAACUACUUCAAGUUCAAGAGACAAAAAAGAGUAAAAAAAGGUAGAUGAGAAUUAUACUAUUUAUGGAUUAUCAAAGAUAAAAACAGCAAGAAGUCCAUUAUAAUCUUAAAGAUAAACUCCAAAUCCAUAUGAAACUGAAUAAAAAUUGGAGCGAUCAAAUGAAGAGUGGUUUUAAUAGUCUCAAAUUUCAGAAGCUCCUUAAGCAAAAGUAUUAUUUUUCAAUUAAAGAAAAAAGUAUUACUAAAUAAAUAUAUAGAUCUUUUUUAUGGGAAGAUGCUAAAGUCAUAAAUUAUAAUCAGGAUACUUAAAAAUUUCUAGUUUAAAAGUAUCCUGAUGGAUAAACGAAAUCAGUUGAUAGAUUAUCAAUAAAAUUUAUUAAUUAAGAUGAAGAAUUAUUUAGAGUAGCCACAGUAAGAAGGUUUAAAUUUAAAUUUAUUAAAUUUUAGUUAGAAUAUUAGAUAACAUUAAAAAGAAGAAAUGAAAAGGUUAAGAGAGAUAAAUGCAAUAAAUGAUAGUGAAGUAAAUAAAGCUCCUUAAACUUUAAUUAACUCACUUUUUAACAGAUUUUAAUAUUCAAAAAAAUAGCAUCUUGUUGAAACUUUACUUGAAGAAGUUAAUUAAAAUUAUUUACUAUUUUAAAAAAAAUGCUCAUUCAUUGAAGAUGCUUCUAUUUAUAAAUAGGUUGUUCAUAUUGAACAAAGAUAUCAAUAUUAUUCUAUAUUAUAAAAUAAUCUUGAGAAAGAAGCAAUACUAUUAAGAAAAGAUGGUUAUAAAGCUAUGAAGUAAUUAAUGUUUAGAUUAAAUUAAAUCAAUAUUGAAAUAAUACAUUAAAGAGAUUUUAAGUUUCCAAUUAUAUUAAAUAAAUUUGAUACUGCUCUUGAAUUGGAAGGAAAAGAGAUUAAGAAAGAAAUUAGAAGAGAAAAAUUCUAUAUAUAAUCAGAUUUGUAAGAUAUUUUAGGUUAAAAUUAUAAAUUUGUAGAAUCAAAUCGAAAACGAUAUUAUGAUUGUGGGUUGUCAAGAAUAUUGACUAAAGUUGAUCUGAUGUAUUAAUAAAUUAUAAAAGAAAAGGUUCUACAUUAGUUUAAUUACACAAAAGAAUUUUAUGAAAGUUUUAUACUAAAUUCUCAAUUUCAAAAGUCUUUAAAUUAAAAGCCAUUACUUUAAUUGCAUGUUUAAUGUAUAGUGCAAGUACCUGUAAAAAAAUCAAUGAGAAAAUUAAUAAAAGAUUCGAUAAAAGGAGAUGAAGAGAUAAUUUAUAUAGAGCCAAAUUUACAAUCUAUUUUAACAGUCUUAAUAAAGCCUUUUGAUUACCUUUAUCAAUUAAUAAUAGAAGGUUGUUGUAUUUAAAGUGAAAUAAUGACUUUAUUAUUAUUGGAGAAAAAAAAACUAUCAACUGUGAUGGAUUUUCCUUAAUUAAAUUCUAUAAAAGAAUAAACAAUCACAUAAAUUUCAAAUGAAUAUAAAUCUUGUGAUGAUAUUGUAAAAUACUAUAAUAAAUAUUCACAUUAUUUAAAAGCAUUCCGAUCAAAAGAUUUAUAUGAUAUAUUUGGUUUGGAUCCAAAGGAAGCAGCCAUUUUAAGUUAAAUGAAUUUUUAAUCAAUAGAGAGUUAUUUAUAUGAAUUAAAGGAAUCUAGAUUAGAUAUUCUAUCAUACCAUUAAAAUUAAAAAAGAUUUGGUUUGUUUUCUUUAAAUAUUUAUGAACUUAAACACACUUUAGUUGAAAGAAUUAAUGAAUAAUAGACAUAGAUAUUUAAUGUAAAUUUUAUAUGUAAAUUAUAUAGAAAAUCUAAGAGAUUUUAAAACAUAAUAUAUAAUAAAUUAAAUAAUAAUUUUAAGUAAUGAGAGAUAAGAGUCAAUAAAUUCCAUAGACAGAAUAAGAAUUAAUGGAAUUAAAAUUAUUUUUAGGUGAAAUUAAAGUAGAUUUCUCAAGAAUGUAAUUUGAAGUUCAAUUUGUGUAAAUAAAUAAUUAAUAUUCCUUUUUAGAGAAUAAUACUUAAAUUUAUUUGAAGAAUUUUAUGUAGCUUUUGACUUUUAGUUAGUAAUUGAUUAUUAUGAAUUAAUCUAUUUACCAAAAGAUAUUUCUGAUAUUAUUGAAGCUAAUAAAGCAGUUCUAAAAUAAUAAGAAGAUAUAUUUUUGAGAAGAUUACAUAAUGACAAAUAAGAAUUCAUAGCCAAAAUUUUAUAAAUGUAAGCAACACUUACAAAAAUUAAAUCUUUUUCCUAAUAUGAAAAAUUAAAGGAAUAUAUUAUUGAGAUUAAAAAGUUUUAAGAAUAAAUAGAGAAUUCUAAAGAAAUAAUAUCUGAAUUUAAUCUUAGAGAACUUACAUUUUAAAUAGGUGUAACUGUUUAUAGAGAAUUUGAUAAUUUAGUCCAUGAAUUCUAACCUUAUUAUUAAUUUUGGGAUUUAGCAGUAUAAUUAUUAUAUGUUAUAUUUAGUAAAGAUAUGAUGUAUAAAAAGAAUAAUGGUUAUCUGUGUCAAUUAAAUAAUUAGAUCAUUUAGAUAUGUAAUUAUUGAUGCAAUAAUUUAAUAAUGAAGCUAUCUAAAUUUUUAAUUAUUUUACUGAUAUUUUAGAUGACAAUGCAUAAAGUUUAGUAAGAAAUUUAAGAAGAUAAUUGGAUUAAUUUAAAGAUAAUAUAUGGAUAGUUGAAUCAUUAGCAAUUGAAGCAUAUAAAAGAAAACCUAUUUUCUGGAAGGAUCUAUUUAGAGAAUGUUCAUUUCCUUAAUUAGAAAAUAAAGAGGAAAUUACAAUAUCUAAUUUACUAAAAAAAGGUAUACUAAAUUACAAAGAUAUUGUAUUGAAGUUGUCUUCUUAAGCUGAAAAGAGUUGGAGUGUUGAGAAAAGAUUGAAUGAGAUGUUUGAUAAAUUAUCAAUAAUAGAAUUAGAAUUAUAAGUAUAUAAGGAUACAUUUAUAUUUAAAAAUUAUGAGGAUGUAAUGGCUUAAUUAGAUGAAUAAUUAAAUGUAUUAAAUAUUCUUAAGGCAUAACCUCAUGCUAAAUUUGUUAUUAUAAAGGCUGGUUAAUUAGAAAAUAAAAUAUUACUCAUUUAAGAUACACUUGAUUAAGUUAUGAAAUGUUAAAAACAUUGGAUAUAUUUAGAUCCAAUAUUUGCAAGUGAUGAUAUUAAAUAAAAAUUAAAAUAAGAGACUUUAGAUUUUAAGAGAAUAGAUUAGUCAUAUAAAAAUUAUAUGAUCAUACUAAAUAAAAAUAAAUUAUUAUGGGAUUAGAUAGAAAAUGAUAAAAUGAAAUAAGACUUUGCAUAUAAUGUAUAAAUGUUAGAUCAAAUAUAAAAAAGUUUAACAAAGUACUUAGAAUCAAAGAGAAUAUUAUUUCCUCGUUUUUAUUUUGUAUCAGAUGAAGAAUUAGUUGAAAUUUUAGCUUAAACUAAAAAUCCAUAAUAAGUAUAGAAACAUAUAUUCAAAUGUUUUGAAAAUAUAUCAGAAUUAAAAAUAGUUGAUAAUGAAGUGAUUACAGCAUUUUAUUCAAGUCAUUAAGAGAAGAUAUUAUUAGAUGAUGUAAUAAAUCUUAAGAAAGGAAAUAAAAUAGAAAAUGUAGAGAGUUGGUUAUCUGAAUUUUAAACAAGAAUGUAGAAAACAGUUAAGAAAGCUAGUUGUAAUGCAUUAAAAGAUUUAAAUUCAACAAAAAUGGAGAUUAUUAAUAAAUGGCCUGGAUAAAGUGUAUUAUUAAGUAAUCAAAUAAAAUGGACAAGGAAUACAGAAGCUUCAAUAAGAUAAUAAUAGAAAUUGAAUUUAAAAUUACUUGUUUAAUUAUUAAAUAAAGAAUUAUAGACUACAGUUGAUUUGGUAAGAAAUGAGACUAGAUUGAUUUAAAAAACAACUUUAGAAGCAAUGGUAAUUUAAGAAGUUCAUAAUAAAGAUGUUGCUUAAAUAUUAUUAAAUUAAUAAAUAGAAGUAAUAAAUUCAUUUUUAUGGAUAUCUUAAUUAAGAUAUUAUUAUAAUGAUGAAAAUUCAAUUUAAGUUAGAAUGGUUAAUUCAUCUUUUGAGGUAUUUUAUAAAAAUAAUAAUAUUAGUAUGGGUAUGAAUAUUUGGGAAAGAUUUAAAGAUUAGUAAUUACAGCAUUGACUGAUAGAUGUUAAAGGACUUUAAUGGAAGCAUAUAAAAUGAAUUAUGGAGGUGCUCCUGAAGGUCCAGCUGGAACAGGUAAAACAGAAACUGUAAAAGAUUUAGCAAAAGCAAUGGCAAGACCAUGUAUUGUAUUUAAUUGUUCAGAUGGAUUAAAUUAUAUAGCAAUGGGUAAAUUCUUUAAAGGAUUAGUAACAUCUGGAUCUUGGUGUUGUUUUGAUGAAUUUAACAGAAUUGAUCCAGAAGUCUUAUCUGUUGUUGCAUAAUAAAUAUUUACAAUAUAGAAGGCAAUAAAAUUAAAAUAGGAAGCAUUUAUAUUUGAAGGAGAAGAAAUUAAUUUAGUACCUACUUGUGCUAUAAAUGUAACUAUGAAUCCUGGAUAUGCUGGAAGAUCAGAAUUACCUGAUAAUUUAAAAAUACUAUUUAGACCAUGUGCUAUGAUGGUUGCUGAUUAUGAAAUGAUAGGUGAAAUAUUUUUAUAUAGUAUUGGAUUUGAAAGGGCAAGAGAAUUAAGUAAAUAAAUAGUUACAUGUUUGAAAUUGUGUAAUGAAUAAUUAUCAUCUUAAGAACAUUAUGAUUUUGGUAUGAGAACUUUAAAGGCAGUAUUAAAUUCAAUAAAAAAUACUAGAAAUGGAACAGAAUAAGAGAAAUGUUUAACUGCUUUAAUUAUAGUUAAUCAACCUAAAUUGGUUAAGAAUGAUAUUGAAUUAUUUAAAGCUAUUACUUAAGAUUCAUUUCCAAAUGUUUAAGAAUAAGAAUUAGAUAAAUUAAAUAAUGUAUAAUAAUAAACUGAAAAUAUGAAAUUGAUAUAUCAUGAGACUUUAGCAAUUAAAUGUGAAUAAAUACAUAAUAGUAUUGAAGUUAGAAAUGGAGUUAUGUUAGUUGGUUAAACUUUUUCAGGUAAAUCAACAUCCUUAUAAAUAUUAUCUCAUUUAUUAAAAGCUACUAUUUUAAAAUUAAAUCCAAAAGCUAUAAAUUCAGAUUAAUUAUAUGGAAAGUUGGAUCCAGAUACAAAAUAAUGGUCAGAUGGAGUAGCACCCAUAUUAAUAAGGGAGAAUAUUUAAAGAGAAAAAUAUGUUUGGAUAGUUUUUGAUGGACCUGUUGAUUCUAUAUGGAUUGAAAAUCUUAAUACAGUUUUAGAUGAUAAUAAAAAAUUAUGUUUAACAUCAGGUGAAAUACUUAAAAUUCCAGAGAGAAUGUGUAUGAUUUUUGAAGUUGAAAAUUUAUCUGCUGCAUCACCAGCUACUGUUUCAAGAUUAGGUAUGAUUUAUUAUAGUAUAUUUGAUUGGAGAUAUCUAAUAGAUAAUAUAAGAUUACCUAAUCAUUUUGAUCAUAAAUACUUUAUUAAAAGAAUUAAAUAGUAUUAAUUUAUAUUAAUUUUAGUCUUAUAGAACAUUCAUUAGUAUGGAUGUAAGAAAAUGCAUAAUUUCCUGUUUAUGAUUAAUAAAAUAUAUUAGUAAGUUCAUUUUUGAAAUUGUUUUAAAAAUUAAUGUCUUAAUUAGAUUAAAAUGAAAGUGAUACUUUUGUAUUUGAUAAUACUAUAAUAUUUUCAAUUACUUGGUCAUUAGGAGCUGCAAUAAAUGAAUAAAAUAGAAAUCAUUUUAAUACAUUUUUGCAUAAACUAUUAAAACAUUAAUCUACAGGAUUAAAUUUAGAAAUUAAUAGAAAAUUAUAAUUUCCAAUUAAUGAAAGAAUAGAUUAUUUUUUAUUUGGAUAUAUAAAUUAAAAAUGGAUUGAAUGGAUAGAUGUAUUAUUUAUUAUUUAAAAAUAUAGAUAUCUGAAUAAUUACAGAUAACUCCAAGUAUUGAUUUUCAUUAAAUAGUUGUACCUACUAAUGAAUCAAAUAGAAAUGAUUAUUUUUGUAAAUUAGGAUUGCAUUUUUUAUAUUGUGGACCUACAGGUACUGGUAAAUCUUUAUCAAUGACAAAAUUUUCAUAAUUUUUAAUUGCAUGUAGUGGUUAAACAACUGGAAAUAGUUUAUAAAGAUUAAUAGAAACAAGAAUAAAUAAAAGAAGAAGAAAAGGAUGUUAUGGAGCUGAAGAAGGAUAGAUUACAAUAUUUGUAGAUGAAUUAAAUAUGCCAUUUAGAGAACCAUAAGGAUCAUAACCAGCAAUAGAAUUAUUAAGAUAAUGGAUGGAUUAAGGUGGAUGGUAUGAUUUAGAUAAUAAGGAAUUUAAAUAUAUGUGUGAUAUAACAUUUUUAUGUGCAAUGUAACCAGCAAGUGGUGGUAGAAAUUAAAUUACUAUGAGAUAUCUUAGACAUUUCAAUUUAUUAUAUAUUGGUGGAUUUGAUACAAUUAGUGUAACAAAUAUAUUAUAAGUAUUUGUUGAUUGGGUAAUGAUUAAAUUUUGUGCAACAGAUGAAAUUAAAUCAUUUAAAGAAUAAUUAGUUUAAAAUUCAUUAAAUUUAUAUUAAUAAAUAUAAGAGAGUUUAUUACCAACACCAUAAAAAUGUCAUUAUAUUUAUAAUUUAAGAGAUGUAUUUAGAAUUUUUGAAGGAAUGAGUAAGGCUUCAAGAUUAUAAAGUAAAUCUCAUUUAAUGAAAUUAUGGGUUCAUGAAUGUACAAGAAUAUUUAGUGAUCGUUUAGUAGAUUUUAAUGAUAUAAAGAUUUUUUAGAAUAUAAUUAAAUAGAUAGUUGUGGAAGAUAGAAUUAAUUUAAAUAAUAUACUUUGGAUUUAAGGAAAUAGUAAUUAACAUUAUGAUGAGGUUUAGAAUAUAUAAUAAUUAAAAUAAAGAGUAUAAGGAAUGCAUGAUGAUUUUAAUGCUUAAAGAUUUCAAAGCAAAUUGUCUUUAAUUUUAUUUACUAAUGCAAUUAUGCAUAUAUUUCGUAUAACUAGAAUACUGCAAUAAACUUUUGGUCAUGCUUUAUUAAUUGGAAUAGGAGGAACAGGAAGAUGUAAAUCUAAUAAUUAAUAAUAUCAUUAGCAUCCUUAGCCAAAUUAGCAACAUUUAUAGUAUUUAGAUCAGAACCAAUAAUAAUUGAUCCUCGUUCUUGGAAUGAUGAAUUGUUGAAUACUUUAUUAUAAGUUGGUUUAGAGAAUUAGAAAGCAUCCAUAAUAUUUAAUGAUUCUUAAUUACAAUAAUCUUAUAUGUGGGAAGAUAUUUGUAGUUUGUUGAGUCAUGGUGAAGUAACACAUUUAUUCACUCCAGAAGAGAGAUUAAAGAUAUAAGAAGAAAUGCCAUUCUCAAAAUUUUUGUAAAUUUGUAAAUUUAAUGUACAUGUCAUAUUAUGUAUGUAACCAGUAACAGAAUUAUACAGAAAAAGAUUAAGAACAUUUCCUACAAUAAUAAAUUGUACUACAAUAGAUUGGUUUAUGGAUUGGUCAAAUGAGGCUUUGGUGACUACAGCUGAAGAAUUUUUACCUAAUCCUUCUCUUGUAAAUGUAGCUGUUAAUAUUCAUUGUAAAGUAUUAGAAAUUACUCAAAAAUAUAAUUCUGAAUAAAGAAGAUAAUUUUAUGUUACACCUACAUAAUAUUUAUAAAUGCUUUAAACAUUUAAAAGACUUUAAAGAGAAAUAAGUGAAUAAUCAUUAGCAUUAAUAGAUAGAUUUGAAUCUGGUAUUGAAAAAAUAAUUAAAACUUAAAAAGAAGUAGAUAAAAUUAAAUUGUAAUUAUUUGAAUUAUAACCAUAAUUGGAAUAGGCAACCAUAGAAAAUUAAAAAUUAUUAUAAAGAAUUAAAUUAAAAAAAGAGGAAGCAGAUUAAAAAAGAAGAUUAUGUGAAUAUGAUGAAAUGAUAUGUUAGAAACAUAGAGAUUAAGCAACUGAAUUGAAAAAUAUUUGUAUUACUGAAUUGAAUAAAGUAUUACCACUUUUAGGUUAAGCAACUGAAGCAUUAGAUAAAAUAACUAAAGAAGAUAUGAUUCAAUUAAAAUCUUUUACUAAUCCACCUUUAUCAGCUGCUGUUGUUAUGGAAGGAUUAUGUUAUGCAUUUUAAGAAGAUGAAAAAGUUAAAUCAAAAAAUAAAGAACUUCCUGUUAUGUAAGAUUAUUGGGAUUAUGCUAAAAAAUAUUUAUUAAAUGAUAAAUUAAUAAAGAGAGUCAAAAAAAUGAAAUUAGAAGAAAUAAGAUCAAUUAAAUUAAAUAAUAUUUAGAAAUUAUAGAUUUUUGUACUUAAUCCUCUUUUUGAAAAAGAAAAGGUAUUUAAUGCAUCUAAAGCAGCUGGUAAUUUAGCAUAAUGGAUAAGAGCUGUUUUAGAAACAUAUUAAGCUGUUGAAAUAAUUGAACCAAAAAAGGCAUAAUUAGUUGAAGCUGAAAAAAAACUUAAAGAAGCUGAAGCUGAUGUUUAAAUAAAAAGAGCUAUAUUAGAAUAAUAAUUAAAUGAACUUAAAUAAUUUGAAAAGGAAUUUGAAAAAGCUAAUUAAGAAAAAUAAAUAAUUUAAUAAGAAGUAGAAACUAUUUAAAAAUAACUUAAUAAAGCUGAAAAAUUACUAUUUGGUUUGUAAGAUGAAGCUUAAAGAUGGAAGAAAAAAGGAUAAAAAAUAAAAAAUGAAUAAAUUGCAAUUGAAGGAGACUGUAUAUUAAGUGCUUCUAUUAUUGCAUAUUUAGGAGUCUUUCCUAUAUAAUAUAGAGAUGUCUGUUAAAAUUAUUGGAAAAAUCUAUUAAAAUAAAAUAAUGUAAAAUUCUCAAUUGAUUAUGCAAUCUCAAAAUAAUUAUGUAAUCCAAUUAUAAUCAAUAAUUGGAUUACAUAAUAAUUACCUAAUGAUUAAUUAAGUAUUGAGAAUGCAAUCAUACUUAAAGAAUCUACAAAAUGGCCAUUAAUGAUUGAUCCAUAACUUUAAGCCAAUUAAUGGAUUAAAAAUAUGGAAGAUAGUAAAUAUUUGCUUAUUUUAAAUGCCAAUUAACCAACAUAAUAAAUUUAAUUAUAAUUAGAACAUGGAAUAUAAAUUGGUUAUGCAGUUUUAUUAGAAAAUGUUGGUUAAACUUUAGAUCCAUUAUUUGAAUCAUUAUUGUAAUAAAAUGCAAAAUCUAGAUCAAAAAGAGCUACAAUGAAAUUAGGAGAUAAAAUAAUAGAUAUAUCUUCUGAUUUUAGAUUUUAUAUGACAACUAAAUUAAGUAAUCCUCAUUUUCAACCAUAAGUUUGUGUUAUGGUUAAUAUGCUUAUAUUUUAAGUAACAUAAGAUGGAUUAGUUGACUAAUUAUUAAAUAUUGUUGUUAAAAUAGAUGAACCAUAAAAAGAAGAACAAAGAUUAAAGAAUAUUUAAUAAUAUUUUUAAAAUAAAGAUAAAUUAAUUUAGACAGAAACAUUGAUAUUGAAAUUACUUUCAGAGUCUACAGGAGAUUUAUUAGAAAAUGAAGAUUUAAUUUAAACAUUAUCAAAAUCAAAGGAUGAAAGUAUAGCAAUUGAAGAAAAAUUAAAAAGUUUAGAAUAUGAUAGAAUAAACUUUAUGUAAAUCAGAUAAUUCUAUUAAUAAGCAGCAGAGAAAGUAGCUAAUCUAUAUUUUAUAUUAAAUGAUUUGGCUGUAAUAGAACACACUUAUAUUUGGUCAUUAGAAUUUUAUUUCUUUCUUUACACAAGAUCUAUAAGAGAAUCUUUAAAUGAAAAAUUAAAAAGAAAUUAAAAUAUCAUUGAUAAAUUCAUAUAAAUUUUAUACACUUAAAUUAAUAGAUCACUAUUAGAAAAAGAUAAAUUGAUCUUUCGAUUUCUAUUAUAUGUAAAAAUGAUGAAUAUACCAUCUGAAUUAAUUAGAGCAACUGUUAUGGGUUGCACAUUAACUACAUCUGAUGUUUAAAUGCCAAAAGGAUUUUCAUGGUUAACAAAUAAAAUGUGGUUGGAAUUAGUAGAUUUAUCAAAAUCUUUUCCUAACAUAUUUGGAUCUAUUUGCUAAGAUUUUGUAUCUUAAAAAUAAUUCUGGGAUAGCUUUUAAAAUAGUUCUAAUUCUUAUUAAUUAUAAUUAAGAGGUUUAGAUCAAUUUUAAAUGAAUAUGUUAGUUAAAAUAAUUAAACCUGAAUAAUUUAUAUCUGCUACUAAUGAGAUGAUAAAAUAAUAAAUGGGUAAUCUCUUUAUAGAAAAUAUUCCAACUACAUUUGAAUAAUUUUAUUUUGAAUCUGAUUCUAAAAUUCCUUUAUUAUGUAUCAUAACACCUGGAGCAGAUCCUAGAUAAGAAAUCAUUAAAUUAGCAACUAAAUAUGAUUUUAAUGAUAGAUUUAAUUAGAUCUCUUUAGGAUAAGGACAAAAUUAAUUGGCUAUCAAAAUGAUACUAAAUGCCAUGUAAUAAGGUACAUGGGUAUUAUUAUAAAAUUGUCAUCUUGCUGCUUCUUUUAUGCCUGAACUUGAAAAUUUAUUUGAAGUACAAUAUAAAAAAGAGAUGAAUUCAGAUUUUCGAUUAUGGUUGACAUCUCAACCAACAUCAAUAUUACCACAUAAUGUAAUAUUAAGAUGUAUUAUAUUAUAUAUUAUCAUAGCUCUCAAAAUUACAUAUGAAUUACCUAGAGGUCUCAAAAAUAAUAUGUUAAGAUCAUAUUAAUAAUAAGAAUCUGACAAAUUUGAAUAAUCAAAAAAACUAAAAGAAUGGAAAAAUCUAUUUUUUUCAUUAGCAUUAUUACAUGCAUGCUUACUUGAAAGAAAGAAAUAUGGUCCUUUAGGUUGGAAUAUUGGAUACAAUUUUUCAUAACAUGAUUUUGAAAUUUCAAAAGAAUAAAUCCAUUAUUUUUUAGAAACCUAUUAAGAUAUUCCAUGGGAUGCUCUAAAUUAUUUAAUUGCUGAAAAUAAUUAUGGUGGUAGAGUUACAGAUCCUAUGGACAGAAAACUUCUAAAAAUUUAUGUUAAUGAUUUUAUCAAUUCCAAAACUAUUCAAUAAGAUUAUCAAUUUUAUGAUAUUUAUUAGAUACCAUAAUAAAUGAAACUUAAAGCUUAUAUGGAAUACAUAUCAUAAUUGCCAAUCUUUGAUCCACCUUAAUUAUUUGGUCUUCAUUAAAAUGCUGAAAUAUAUUCUUCAAUUUUAGAAACUGAAAAUUUAAGUUAAGUCAUUUUGUAAUUACUCCCAAGAACUCAAAGUGAUUCCAAUUAAACACAUCCUGAUUAAAUUGUUUAUAAUAAAAGUUAAGAAAUCUUAAAGAAUUUACCUGAAUAACUUGAUUCUAAUUUAGCAAAAUAAAAGUUUCAAUAAAUUUUAGAAAAUCCUUUGAAUGCAAUAAUUCAUUAAGAAAUUACUAAAUAUAAUAAAUUAUUAACCAAAAUAUCAGAAUCUCUAAUUAUUCUAAUUUAAGGUUUGGAUGGUUUAAUUAAUAUUUCUGAUUAAUCAAUAGAUAUUUAUAAUGCAAUAUUUGAUAAUAGAAUUCCAGAAUAAUGGUUAACAUAUUCUUACUUAACUACUAAAUCUUUAGGAUCUUGGUUUAGUGAUUUAAUUUAAAGAACUGAAUUUAUUAAAAAGUGGAUAAAUUAAGGUUAACCUAAAAUUUUUUGGUUGGGUGGUCUUUUCUUUAUAUAAGGAUUCUUAACUGCUGUUUUAUAGACAUAUUCAAGAAAAUCAAAAAUACCUAUUGAUCAAUUAAAAUUUGAAUUUAAUUUUUUUUCUUAAGAACCAUAGACUAUAACUAGAGGUGUUUGUGUAAAUGGAAUAUCUAUAGAUGGAGCUUAAUUUGAUUAUUAAGAGUAGACACUAAUAGAACCUUAAAAUAAUAUUCUGUUCUAUCCAUGUCCAAUAAUUAAUUUUUGUCCUACUUAAUAGAGAAAAAUAAUAAAAAAUUAUUCUUGUCCUCUUUAUAAUACAACAUAAAGAAAAGGAAUACUUACUUCAAAUGGAAUAUCAGUUAAUUUCAUUUGCAAAAUAAAAAUACCUAUUAAUAAUAAUAAAAAUCAUUGGUCAAAAAGAGGAGUUGCUUUUAUUGUUUAAGCAAAUUGA